AGCAGCCGCAGGAAAUUGCCGCGAGUCCUUGUUGAGCAAACUUUCGCUGUUGUCGCGUCCCAAGCGGAGCGUGCACAUGUCGCCCAGGGUUGGACAGAAACAGAGAAGCAAACUUUUCUGCCGCCGCGCAUGCAAGUAGGGGGACGGGGCGGUUCGGAAAGCUGAUCGGUCGAGGCUUUCGGCUCCAUCGCCGGGGAAGCGAUGGGAUUUAGCAGCGGCCAAGAACCAAACUGACGGGGGAAGGAAGAAGAGCAGCGACGGAUAUAUGAAAAGAGCUAUUCCCGGUGGGAGAAAGGAGGCGAUUCAUGGGACUGGCUGUGCCACCGACGGACCACCUCUUUUUCGCUGCUCCUUGGGCGUCUGGAUGAGCAGCUGGUGCCGCGACGGGAGGAAGCGGCCGUGAAUGAAGGGACGCGAUGGUGAGGAGGGGAUCUGCUUUUGGGAACUGCGCGCGGGGAAGACGCCACCCAGGGUGAGACGCGUUACAAGGCGAGUGGCAGGUUCACUUUGGAGCAGGAUUUGGUGGCGGAGAGAGGAGCCAUUUUGAACUCUUUUGAAAAGAACAGGGGAAAAAAACACUUGAAGGUUGGCAAAAGUUUAUCCCCAAGCCAUCUUGUUUCCUUCUUGGGAGCGGCCCGUGCCCCUUGGAGACCCCUGAGGGGAAGCCAAAAGCUCUUUUCCUUGCUCCCCCCAGCUGCUCAUGGACGAGGCCGGAUGAGCAGCUCAGGGGGGUGGAUGGGUUUUGUCGCCCUUUGGCCGCCAUCCCUGCCUCGUCAGCCUUGGAGAUGCUGCUCCGCUUCCCGGUGGCCGUCUGGCUGUCGUGGCUCGCGCUCCUGGUGCCGGCGGCGGGCUGGGAGUUACACCUCGCCGGCGGCCCGGAGGGCGCCUUGUUGCUGGACCUCUCGCUGGGACCUGAGUGGCUCUAUGCGCUGGACGAGACUCUGACGCCCCGCCAGUUGAGGGACGCCGUCGAGGUGACGACCGACGGGCUGCUGAGGAGGACGAAGAAGCCCGUGGAGUGCGCCGGCUUGGCGCGCAACCCGCUGCCUCUCCGCUUGCGCCUGGUUUCCCGCGGCGGCGUCCUCUCUCUACGCCUGGCGGCUUACUUGCACGGCCCCGGCUGCCCCAGCCAACGGACCGGCGGCAAGGGCAGGGCUCAGCCGCACCUUUGCGUCCUCCCAGGCCUCCCCUUGAGGCAGCUGCCCUCCCUGCUCUGCUUCCCCUCUGCCCCUAAACAGCAGAUGCCCCCAAAGGAGGGGGAGGCGGAGGGAAGGCUACUGCUCUCUGCCCUCAUGACCUUGACCAGUUUCCCACAGUGUCGGUGUCCCCAGGGCAGCCCCUUGGGCUGCAGGAGCCAGGUAGCAGAGGGAGGGAAAGGAGUUGGCUGCCAGCAGCCCUCAGAGACCAGCCGCCUGUGGCUGCUUUGUAAGGUGAGGAGGGCUCCGGGGGAUGUCCUGGUAGGGUUGGGGAGCCCCUAUGUUGGGGGAAUGAAGCAGGUGGUGGGUGGAGAAGAAGGUCAGAGUAGGUUGGAGGUGGGUAGAAACAGGCAGGCAGUCUCCCCAGAGUUUUGGACAGGGAGGGAAAGCAGCUGGGAUUCUUGGCCUCGAGGGCCCCGGAGAAUGAGGAGCGUGAACACCUCACCACAGUUCAAGCUGCCCAAUUACCAGGUGUCGAUUGCGGAGAACCAGCCUGCAGGCACUGCGGUCAUCACCCUAGAAGCCCAUGACCCAGAUGAUGGGGAGGCCGGCCGGCUGACAUAUUCCAUGGAGGCAUUCUUUGACAAGCGCUCGGAUGAUUACUUCUCCAUCGACUCUGAGACAGGAGUAGUGGUUACCACCCGUAGCCUGGACCGGGAGACUAAGGAUACCCACGUGCUUCAAGUGACUGCAGCGGACCAUGGCUUGCCACGGCAUCGAUCAGCCAUCACCUUCUUGACGGUAACUGUGAGUGACACCAAUGACCACGGGCCAGUGUUUGAGCAGCCUGAGUACAGAGAGAACAUUCGAGAGAAUCUAGAGGUGGGUUAUGAGGUGCUGACUAUUCGUGCCACAGAUGAGGAUGCCCCAGACAAUGCUAACUUGCUGUAUCGUAUCCUGGAACCAGGUGCUGGGGAAGGGGUCUUUGAGAUUGACCCACACUCUGGUGUUGUGAGGACUUGUGCUCCUGUAGACCGAGAGGAGGUCUCUGAAUACCAUCUUGUGGUAGAAGCCAAUGACCAGGGCAAAGACCCAGGUCCUCGAAGUGCCACCGUCACAGUGCAUAUCACAGUUGAAGAUGAGAAUGACAAUUCCCCUCAGUUCAGUGAGAAACGCUACUUGGUACAAAUCCCAGAGAAUACCCUUGUAAACAGCCAAGUGCUGCAGGUGCAAGCUACUGACCGUGACCGUGGCAACAAUGCCCAGGUACACUACAGCAUUGUGAGUGGGAACCUCAAGGGGCAGUUUUACAUCCAUUCAUUUUCUGGCUCUAUUGACUUGAUCAACCCCCUUGACUAUGAGACUAUUCGAGAAUACACGCUAAGGAUCAAGGCCCAGGAUGGGGGAAGGCCUCCACAGAUAAAUUCUAGUGGGAUGGUGUCCAUUCAAGUGUUGGAUGUAAAUGAUAAUGCCCCCAUUUUUGUAAGCACCCCCUUUCAAGCCACAGUACUAGAGAACGUCCCCCUAGGCUAUUCAGUGUUACACAUUCAGGCAGUAGAUGCUGACUCUGGGAAUAAUGCCCGCUUGGAAUACAAACUCGUUGAGCUGUCUCAGCCUUCUGCUCUAGCGCCCCCAGGUGGGGACACAGGCUUUCCAUUCCAGAUCAACAAUAGUACUGGGUGGAUUAUAGUGUCAGCUGAGCUUGACCGAGAGACUGUCGAGAACUACCAUUUUGGGGUGGAGGCCAGGGACCACGGAGUGCCUGUCAUGACUUCCUCAGCCAGUGUAUCUAUCACUGUCUUUGAUGUCAAUGAUAACAGCCCUACUUUCACUGAAAAAGUUUAUCAGCUCAGGCUUAACGAGGAUGCCGCAGUAGGCAGCAGUGUCUUGACACUGACAGCAGUGGACAAGGAUGUGAACAGUGUGGUUACCUACCAGAUCACUAGUGGCAACACAAGGAACCGUUUCGCUAUCACUAGUCAGAGUGCAGGUGGGCUGAUCACUCUGGCCUUACCCCUGGAUUACAAGCAGGAAAGGCAGUAUGUGCUAACGAUCACUGCUUCAGAUGGAACUCUGUUUGACACUGUUCAAGUCUUCAUCAAUGUCACAGAUGCCAACACACACCGGCCAGUUUUCCAGAGUUCCCACUACACAGUGAGCAUCAGUGAAGACAAGCCCAUUGGAACACCCAUUGUAACAAUCAGUGCCACUGACGAGGAUACUGGGGAGAAUGCUAGGAUCACUUACAUACUGGAGGAUAGCAUCCCUCAGUUCCGCAUUGACGCUGACACAGGCACAAUCACCACUUUGAUGGAGUUAGACUAUGAAGACCAAGCCUCUUACACUUUGGCCAUCACAGCCCAGGACAAUGGGAUCCCUCAAAAGUCUGACACCACCUAUGUGGAGAUCCUCAUUCUGGAUGCCAAUGACAAUGCACCCCGUUUCCUUCGUGACCGCUAUCAGGGUGCUGUCUUUGAAGAUGUGCCUCUUUCCACCAGCGUCUUGCAGGUGUCUGCUACUGACCGUGAUUCAGGCCCUAAUGGCCGCCUCCUUUAUACAUUCCAGGGUGGUGAUGAUGGUGAUGGAGAUUUUUACAUAGAGGCCACAUCAGGGGUGAUAAGGACACUGCGCAAACUGGAUCGUGAGAAUGUGGCUGUCUACAGCCUGAGAGCUUUUGCUGUGGACAGGGGCAGUCCACCCCUCAAAGCCUAUGUGGAUAUUCAGGUCACUGUGCUGGAUAUCAAUGAUAAUCCACCUGUCUUUGAACAAGAUGAAUUUGAUAUUUUUGUGGAGGAGAAUAGCCCUGUUGGUUCCAUUGUGGCCCGGAUCAGUGCUGUAGACCCUGAUGAGGGAACUAAUGCACAGAUCAUGUAUCAAAUUGUGGAAGGGAACAUUCCUGAGGUCUUUCAGCUUGACCUUCUUAAUGGUGAUCUCACAGCCCUGAUGGAUCUAGAUUAUGAGACCCAGACAGAGUAUGUAAUUGUGGUGCAAGCUACCUCAGCCCCACUUGUGAGCCGAGCCACUGUACACAUACGCCUGCUAGAUCAGAACGACAACCCUCCUGUGCUGCAAGACUUCCAGAUCCUCUUCAACAAUUAUGUCACCAAUAAGUCUAAUAGUUUCCCUUCUGGAGUGAUUGGCAAGAUCCCUGCCCAUGAUCCCGAUAUAUCUGACCAACUUGAUUACACCUUUGUCCAGGGCAAUGAGUUAAAUCUGCUGCUUUUGGACUCUGCUACUGGAGAACUUAAGCUCAGUCGGGAUCUGGACAACAACAGACCCUUGGAGGCCAUCAUGAGAGUUUCCGUUUCAGAUGGCAUUCACAGCGUUACAGCACUUUGCACCUUACGGGUGACAAUAAUCACUGAUGAUAUGCUGACCAACAGUAUCACAGUACGACUAGAAAACAUGUCUCAAGAGAAGUUUCUCUCUCCGCUGCUUGCUCUUUUUGUGGAAGGUGUGGCUACUGUAUUGUCGACCACCAAAGAGGGCAUUUUUGUCUUCAACAUUCAAAAUGACACAGACGUCAGCUCCAAUAUUCUGAAUGUGACGUUUUCUGCUUUGCUUCCUGGCGGCAUUCGAAACAAGUUCUUCCCCUCUGAGGAUCUUCAGGAGCAGAUAUACCUCAACAGGACACUCCUUACAUUGAUAUCUACCCAGCGAGUGCUGCCUUUUGAUGACAACAUUUGUCUGCGGGAACCUUGUGAAAACUACAUGAAGUGUGUGUCUGUGCUCAAGUUUGACAGCUCUGCUCCAUUUAUCAGCUCAAACACUGUCCUGUUUCGACCCAUACACCCCAUCAAUGGGCUGAGGUGUCGGUGUCCUCCUGGGUUUACAGGUGACUACUGUGAAACAGAGAUUGACCUGUGCUACUCCAAUCCCUGUGGAAACAAUGGCCUUUGUCGAAGCCGAGAGGGAGGCUACAUUUGUGAAUGUUAUGAAGACUACACUGGAGAAUAUUGUGAAAUGAAUGCUCGCUCUGGGCGCUGCGCUCCAGGAGUGUGCAAGAAUGGAGGGACGUGUGUUAAUCUGCUCAUAGGAGGUUUCAAAUGUGAAUGCCCUGCUGGCGAAUACGAGAGACCUUACUGUGAGAUGACCACAAGAAGCUUUCCUCCAGAAUCAUUUGUCACCUUCAAGGGAUUAAGGCAACGCUUCCAUUUCACUGUCUCUCUCAUGUUUGCAACCAGGGAAAGGAAUGCUCUGCUGCUCUACAAUGGGCGUUUUAAUGAAAAACAUGAUUUUAUUGCACUUGAAAUAAUUGAAGAACAAAUCCAACUGACAUUCUCUGCAGGAGAAACCACAACAACCGUUGCCCCAUUUGUUCCUGGAGGGGUUAGUGAUGGGCAGUGGCACUCUGUUCAAGUGCAGUACUAUAACAAGCCCAACAUAGGAAGAUUAGGCAUUCCUCAUGGACCUUCAGGAGAGAAGGUGGCAGUCGUAACAGUGGAUGACUGUGAUACUGCAGUGGCUGUGCGUUUUGGAAGUCUCAUUGGAAACUACUCAUGCGCUGCUCAGGGAACACAGACUGGCUCAAAAAAGUCUUUGGAUCUAACUGGUCCUUUGCUUCUUGGAGGAGUUCCAAACCUGCCUGAAGAUUUUCCUGUGCACAACAGACAGUUUGUUGGCUGUAUGAGGAACCUCUCCAUUGACAGCAAGCCAAUCGACAUGGCCAGUUUUAUAGCCAACAAUGGCACUCUUGCAGGCUGUUUAGCUCAGAAGAAUUAUUGCACCACCAACUGGUGUCAGAAUGGAGGCACCUGUGUGAACAAAUGGAAUACCUAUACUUGUGAGUGUCCCCUGCGGUACGGUGGGAAAAACUGCGAGCAAGUAAUGCCUUUCCCUCAGCGUUUCACUGGGGAGAGCAUCAUCAUCUGGAGUGAUCUCGAUAUCACUAUUUCUGUGCCGUGGUACAUUGGUCUCAUGUUUAGAACGCGGAAGGUUAAUGGCAUGUUGAUGCAAGCAAAUGCAGGGGUAUCAUCUAAGAUCAACAUUCAGAUACUGAACAAAUAUGUGGUAUUUGAAGUCUAUGAUGGACUGAAUCAGGUGGCUAGUUUGUGGAUGACUCAGUCCCGAAUCAGUGAUGGUGAGUGGCAUCACUUGCUAAUAGAGCUGAAGAGUGCGAAAGAUGGCAAAGAUAUCAAGUAUCUGGCUGUUGUGUCCUUGGACUAUGGGAUGUAUCAGGGUACAGUACAGAUUGGAAAUCAGUUGCCUGGAUUAAAAAUGAAAAACAUUAUUGUGGGAGGUGUCUCUGGAGAUCAAGUCUCUGUGCAGCAGGGCUUCUAUGGCUGUCUCCAGGGAGUGAGAAUGGGAGAGACGUCUACAAAUGUAGCUGCUUUGAACAUGAAGCAGGCAAUCAAGAUUAAUGUCAAGGAAGGCUGUGAAGUGGACAAUCCAUGUGAUUCAAACCCUUGUCCCCAGCACAGCUAUUGUAGUGAUGACUGGGACAGCUAUACAUGUGUCUGUGAUCCAGGAUACUUUGGGACAGAGUGUGUUGAUGUGUGUAGCCUGAACCCAUGUGAACAUGUCUCUGCUUGUGUCCAUAAGCCCAGCUCUUCUCAUGGAUACACCUGUGAAUGUGGGCAAAGCUAUUAUGGACAGUACUGUGAGAGCAAAAUUGAUUUGCCUUGUCCUAGAGGUUGGUGGGGAAAUCCCAUUUGCGGGCCCUGUAAUUGUGACAUUAAUAAGGGAUUUGAUCCUGACUGCAAUAAGACUAAUGGAGAAUGUCAGUGUAAGGCAAACCAUUACAGACCACAAAGCAGUGACAGCUGUUACCCAUGUGACUGUUUCCCUUCUGGUUCCCAUACUCGCACCUGUGACAUGGAAACAGGGCAGUGUCCCUGUAAACCAGGAGUGAUUGGGCGACAAUGCAAUCGCUGCGACAAUCCCUUUGCUGAAGUUACUGUUCAUGGCUGUGAAGUGGUUUACAAUGGAUGCCCCAAAGCAUUUGAAGCUGGCAUUUGGUGGCCACAGACCAAAUUUGGACAACCUGCUGCAGUGCCCUGUCCCAAGGGAUCAAUGGGAAAUGCUGUUCGGCACUGUAACAGUGAGAAAGGCUGGCUUCCUGCAGAACUUUUUAACUGUACAACCUACAGCUUUGUCGAUCUUAAACUCAUGAAUGAAAAGCUUCUCCGUAAUGAGACCAAUAUGGAUGGUGACAAGUCAGUGCAGAUAGCCAAAGUGCUUCAGAAUGCCACGAACCACACAAGUUCCUUCUACGGCAAUGACAUACGGACAGCCUACCAGAUGAUGAUCAGGGUGCUGCAGUAUGAAAGUGAACAACAAGGGUUUGAUCUGGCUGCAACAAGAGAUGUGGAGUUCAAUGAGAAUAUCAUAAAAGCAGGUAGUGCUCUACUGGACCCUAGUACCAAAGAGCAUUGGGAACACAUCCAAAGGACAGAGGGGGGCACAGUGCACUUGCUGAAACAUUACGAGGAAUAUUUCCAUAAUAUGGCAAAGAACAUGAAAAAAACGUACAUGAAACCAUUCAUAAUUGUUACCACAAAUAUGAUUAUUGCUGUUGACAUCUUUGAAAAGUCUAAUUUUACGGGAGCUAAAGUACCGCAGUUUGGUGUGAUUAAAGGAGAUUAUCCUAGAGAUUUGGAAUCAUCUGUUUUGUUUCCUGACACUUUGUUCAGAGCUUCUGAUAGAAAAGCAAUUCCUACAAUGAAGCCUUCAAACUUUAGAUUGUCUUCUAAGAUGGAAGAUGAGAUUUUAAAGAGUAAAAAUGUACUUUCAAAAAGAAAGCGUCGGCAUCCAGAGGAGUCUAACCGACAUGCUGUUGCUAUAGUGAUUAUAUACCGAACCCUGGGGCAGUUUCUACCUGAGAGCUAUGAUCCAGACCGAAGGAGCUUAAGAUUACCCAAUCGGCCCAUCAUUAACAGCCCAAUAAUCAGUGCAAUAGUUUAUAGAGAUGGGGAGUCUUUACCAAAUCUUCUGGAGAGCCCCAUUACAUUUGAGCAUGUAAUGCUGGAAACAGAGGAGAGAACAAAGCCAGUUUGUGUGUUCUGGAACCACUCAAUUGCAAUUGGACAAACAGGAGGCUGGUCCUCAAAGGGAUGUGAGCUGUUUUCUAGAAGCCAGAGCCGUAUUGUCUGCCAGUGCAACCAUAUGACCAGUUUUGCUGUCCUAAUGGAUAUUUCAAAACGUGAAAAUGGCGAGGCCCUUCCUCUCAAGAUUAUCACUUACACAACUGUCUCCAUCUCACUGGUGGCUUUGCUGCUCACCUUUAUCCUCCUUGUCCUGAUCCGAACACUGCGCUCCAACCUGCACAGCAUCCACAAAAACCUGGUGGCUGCCCUCUUCUUCUCAGAGUUAGUCUUCCUGAUGGGAAUCAACCAGACAGAAAAUCCGUUUGUGUGCACUGUGAUAGCCAUUCUUUUGCACUACUUCUACAUGAGCACCUUCGCUUGGAUGUUCGUUGAACAGCUUCAUAUCUACCGGAUGCUGACUGAAGUGAGAAACAUCAAUUUUGGACACAUGAGGUUCUACUACGUCAUGGGCUGGGGGAUUCCUGCCAUUAUAACAGGACUUGCAGUAGGUCUGGAUCCACAGGGCUAUGGGAACCCAGAUUUCUGCUGGCUCUCUGUUCAUGACACCCUGAUUUGGAGCUUUGCAGGGCCCAUUGUGAUUGUUGUGGUUAUCAACAUCGUAAUCUUCAUACUAGCAGUGAAAGCAUCAUGCAGACGAAGGCAGCGUUCACUGGAAAAAACUGGAGUCAUCUCUGUAUUGCGGACCGCCUUUCUACUACUGCUCUUGAUCAGCGCUACCUGGUUGCUAGGUCUGUUGGCAGUGAACAGUGAUGUAAUGACAUUUCACUACCUCUUUGCUAUCUUCAGCUGCUUACAGGGCCUGUUCAUCUUUUUCUUCCACUGUAUAUUCAAUAAGGAAGUGAGGAAACAUUUGAAGAAUACUUUCACUGGAAAGAAGCCACUCCCAGAUGAUUCCACAACAACGAGAGCUACACUAUUAACCCGGUCUCUGAACUGUAAUGACACAUAUAUAGAAGAAUCAAAUAUGUAUCGCACAACUAUUGGGGAAUCAACUGUCUCCUUAGAAAGCACCGUCAGGUCAGCCAAGAGUCACAAUAGCUACCUUGCUUAUAUUCUCAGAGAUGAAGCCACCCAGAAGCUUAGCAUGUCAUCAAGCCAAGCAAGAGCUGGUCAGACAGAAGGUGAUUCCUCCAUCUUCCACAGAAAGCCAUCAAAAUCCAAUGAGAACGAUUCUGACUCUGACAGUGAGUUAUCGCUUGAUGAACACAGCAGUUCGUAUGCCUCUUCUCACUCUUCAGAUAGUGAGGAAGAUGGGAUGGAAGCAGAAAAAAAAUGGAACACAGCAACCUCGAAAAACAAUGACCGGGGUCCACUCCACAGCACUCCCAAAGUGGAUUCUGUUCCCAAUCACGUAAAACCCUAUUGGCCUUCUGAGGGCAUAACAGCAAGUGAUGGUGAGGAGCCAAGUGCAAAGCAAAAGCUGAAGGUGGAAACCAAGGUGAACGUGGAACUUCACCAGGAAAAUCAAGCAAACUACAGCAGCGAAGUACCUCAGGAUAAAGAGAAUGAAUGGCAACAAAAGAACAAGCCACUGACGCAACAGAACCACCAGCAGCCAGAACAGAGGAAAGGCAUAUUGAAGAAUAAAGUCACCUACCCACCCCCAUUAGUGGACAAAAACAUGAAGAAUCGACUACGGGAAAAACUGUCAGAUUAUAAUCAAACGACUAUCUCAUCCAAAAUGACUUCCAUUGGGACUAACAAUGGUAUUUGCACCACUUCAGAUUCUGCAGUAACAAUAAAAAACCCACGAAGAGAUCAGCCUCCAGAACAAAUAAAUGGUUUAGCCAUGAAUGUCUGUGUGGGAACAGUGACUGCUGAAACCUCCGAUUCUGAAGGCAGUAAUGAAACUUCAAUUUGAAUCAUCAGGAAAUUGUGACACCUGCUGCAACUUGGGAGACUACUCUGCUGUGAUGUCACUUCCUCGGGACCUUUUGAUUCUGUGUUCGCCAAGGAUGUUGCAUCUGGGAAAAAUUCCCCUUUAUGGCACAUUUGUGACCAUUCCCAGUUUCCUGAGAGGUGCUCAGUAAAGCUGUUUAUGGUGCAUUCAGUGCCUGCCUAACCGCAUCAAAUGUGCCAAAACACGUGGAGAUCAAUAAACGGAACUCACUACUGGAGAACAAUGCCUUUUGGAAAAGUGAACAGAGCCAUAGAAAUCCUGCAAGGGCUGCCAGGCAGGCCAGUCCAUACUAAUUAAUGACUUGAGAUGGUCAAUAAUACAAUAGACAUACCGUCAACCAAGCCCUGCCUGCUCUUACUCUUAAUCCGUGUUGGGGUUUUGUUCUGUUCCAAUGGGAUCUCUGAACUCAGGAGCAAAAACUUAUCACACCAAGUGCCCUUUCAGUUCAUUUGCCAGCUUCUAUGUCAGCUUGUGAUGGACAUUUUGUCUUAAAAUACCAUCAUUUUGAUAUAAAUAUAUAUAUAUAUAUAGCUGUAGAUAUUUUUUAUAUUUUGUAUGGUGAUUCUUUAAAAGAUUCUUUUGUACAUUUCACAUAUAUACUGAUUUUCUUAAAUUUAAUAGCAGGAGAGUAAUUGUGGAAGAGCUUUGAUAUUUUUUAUAUUAAAAAGAAUUGCACAAGUGUACUUGAAUUUGGCAUUUCAGGUUGGAGAAGUAUAACUAAUGACAACAUCAAGCCUAAGAGUAAUGCAGUCUUUUUAAAAAAGGUUGUCAUGUAUCUUUGGACAUUUACAUUCAUGAACAGAAUUUGUCAGAAUAAUCUGAAAUAUUUUAAAGGACUCGGUGUGUAUUUUAUAGUAGUGACACCAACCAACCAUCCAAUAACAAAAUAUUUCUAAAGAAGUUUGGCCUUUUCCCACUAUUCAUCUACACACGGACAUUUUCUUUCCUAUGGAGUUGACAUCCUGUCUCCAUCUUAGGGUUUGAAAUUUUUCUUAUGAGUAAAAUUAUACAUUUAUUUUCCUGCCGUGGAUUUCCUAUUGACAGUCCUCCUCCUCUCCCCACCCCUUUGGUAAAUCAGAACCAAAAAAAAAAAAAAAGCCAAAGGAUGCUUCAGUUGAAAAUUCUCAGUGAAUUGACAACUAUUCACUUAUUUAAAAAAAACAUGAAACAAGUAUUGUAAAGUGAACAAAAAGGUUUAAGGGGCAGUGUCAGCCUUCUCUGGUGUCAUCAGAGGACACUUGGGAAAUGUAAAUCUCUUAGAGAAUACUUCUGCUAUUGGAUACUUUAUGCCUUGACUUUGACUCAAAAUGAGCCUUUCAGCUUUUGGACACAAUCCGUUGGGAAUUUCACUUAUACAAGUAUCUGGAAUUAACCAAAAUUAUGUUAGGGCACACCUGGCUAGCAUGAAUUAUAUAAGCUAGGCAGUAUCUCGUCCAAAUUUUGCCUUAAUCAUGAGCUCACUAAAGGGUGUUGCCUCACACCCUUAAAUGAGCGCAAAAGUAAGGCAAACCAGGCAAGACGAGUGCCCCCUUCAUCCUAGUGCCCCUUCUCAUUGCUGAAAUAUGGGAAUGAUACUGGUCUACCUUACCAUGUUGUUGUAAUGAUUUUUCAGAUAAUAUAUGUGACGUGCUUUCAACACUCAUCAAAAGAGCUAAUUGAAUGUGAAAUACUUGCUUCAGAGAAACUUUCCCUCAUUUCAUUCUUUCCAUUCCCACUAAGUGCAAGGAGUAACUUUUCAGAAUAAGCAUAAAAGUGAUUUGACACACUAGCUGAACCAUGUUAUGUGGUUUCAGAGUUCUUCCUGAGGUAGCCAGCAUGGUGUAGUGGUUAAAGUGCUGGACUGGGACCUGGGAGACCAGGGUUCAAAUCCCUGCGCGGCCACAAGGUGAACAGAAGUUCACAGGGUGACCUUGGGCCAGUCACUGUCUCUCAGCCUACCAGGAUGAGAGUCUCUAUCAGAGGUGGUGCUGGAAAGCCCAAAGAACCUUUUGGGAAUUUUCCUUUCCUGUGCUAACCACAGGGGUUUACUGUUCUUUUGGGGUGAGGGAGCUUUGCACACUAAAGUUUAAAUAAAUCCAAUUCAGACAGACAGAUUUCUUUUUCCUAUAGUACUACAGUAUCGAAGAGAAAUUCCCAGUAGAUUGUGUUUUCUGUUCAUGAUCAAUCAUUUCCAGUGUCAGUUAAAUGAUAUAUAUUUUGUACAUAAUGCUAGUCCUCCUAGCUACAGAAACAUUGUCUUCGUUUGUGCGCAUAAGUGUGAGAAAAUAAGCAGAGUCAGACCUAAUGAUUCAUGAAUUCUACUACUAAGCACAACAAAUAAAUAAAAUAUACAGUAAGCUUACACAGGUUUUAAUAUGUUCUCAAGCAGGGUAAAGAGAUUUAAAUCAAGGGGAUUUAAAUCAUGACUUAAUUCACUAAGAAAAAGAGCCAGUUUAAAUCACUGUCUUAAAUCAAGUGUUCAAUUUUCUAUUUCACAUAAUUACUGGGAAAGAAUACAAACUAAUUGGGUGCUGCAAUAAUUAACUGAAUGAAGCCUUUAUAUUACGCAGCAGCAGCAUUCAAAACCUCUGGCCAUGCAGGCCUCCAUGCCAUUUGCACUACAGAAUUUAUACUUGCCUGGGGAAGAAGUUGUAAAAUUAACUAUGUUUGUGUCACACAGAUAAGGACUGUAAGUAGGAUUGCUAACCUGAAUGCCCAGAAGUGCCUUUCCAGAAGCAAAGGCCUUUAUAAUUUAUGGGCUGAAGUGUUUUUCCAUAAUGAGGAAAUCAUUUUUAUAUCUCCUUUUGGGGGAGGCGGUGUCGAUAAGACUAUAAAUAUCCCCAAUUUGUACAAGAAUAAAUGCACGUGUCAUAUUUAUGAUACUUGAUCUCAAAAUUUCUAUAGUUGCCCUUUGUUCAUUUGCGUGGAAAAGCAGACAAGUCACUGGACUUGAUGCAGCCUGGUGAAGCCCUGCUGAUUUCAGUGCAAGAGUUACGCAUGUGCUUAAAUCUUUCUCUCUUUGAAAUCAGUGAGUUUUAUAUGUGCUGAACUUUGUUAAGGUCAGAAAUAGAGUUUUCAGAUAUUAUGAAUGCAGCCUUUUAAUGUCUGUAGGGCAUUCAGAUAUUAUAAACUACUUUAUUUAAGGGAUACUUAAUAACUGGAUUUAAAAGAACAAAUCAGAAAUCCUUUAAUUGAAUUUUUUUUAACCAACACCUUUUCAGAGAUAGGGAAAGAGUCUGGAAAGAGUAAAAAAAAGUAUUGCUUUGAUGCUGUGUGAAACUUUGAUGUAAAAAUUUUUGAAUAUGAAACUAUCUGCCUAUCAUACUUGGGUAUGUGCUAAAUGAUGUUACAGCUGUUUCACAUCUAUGUGUAUAUUUUGCCCCAAUGAGAUGUAGUUAGUUAUUUUUGAUUAGAACAGUUACAGUAAGAGCGUCAGCUGCGCUAACCACAGGGGGAAAAAAUGAAAACCUGUUUUUUACAAUUUAUUGCAGACUAGACACUGGAGGAUUUUUUAAAACAAAUGUAUAUUUAUUAAAGUGCAGAACACUGGAAUUGAAGCACAGAUGAG